AUGAUGCUGAGCUACUACUACUACUACUACUACUACUACUACAAUGGACAUUAUUAUGAUGCUGGUGUCAUCUGUUCAGGAAAUGAAAGUUCUCUAACUGACUGUCAACACAGUGGAUUUGGAUCAAAUGGAUGUGAACAUGGUCAGGAUGCUGCUGUCAUCUGUUCAGCUGUGUCCAUCAUUUUAACUGGAUCUGGAUCGACUCGAUGUUCUGGAAGAGUUGAAGUUUACCACAAUAACAGCUGGGGAACAGUCUGUGAUGAUGGCUGGGACUUAAAUGAUGCUCAGGUGGUUUGCAGACAGUUAAACUGUGGGUCGGCACUGGAAGUUCCUCAUUCAGCUCACUUUGGUGCAGGAACUGGACAGAUCUGGCUUGACAAUGUGACCUGUUCAGGAAAUGAAAGUUCUUUGACUGAGUGUCAGCACAGUGGAUUUGGAUCAAACAGCUGUGUACGUGGUCAGGAUGCUGCUGUCAUCUGUUCAGAUCUGAUUAGAUUAGCUGGUUCUGGAUCAUCUCGAUGCUCUGGCAGAGUUGAAGUUUAUCAUGAUAAUGUCUGGGGAACAGUUUCUGAUCAUAACUGGGUCUUAAACGAUGCUGAGGUGGUUUGCAGAGAGAUAAACUGUGGGUCUGCACUAGAAGCUACUCCAUCAUCUAAAUUUGGUGCAGGAACUGGACAGGUCUGGCUCAGUGGUGUGAGCUGUUCAGGAAGUGAAAGUUCUGUAACUGAAUGUCAACACUCUGGAUGGGGAAACUUCUACAACUACUACUACAGUUUACAUUCAUAUGAUGUUGGUGUCAUCUGUUCAGGUGUGAUCAGAUUAACUGGAUCUGGAUCGACUCGAUGUUCUGGCAGAGUUGAAGUUUAUCACAGUAACAGCUGGGGAACAGUCUGUGAUGAUGGCUGGGACUUAAAUGAUGCUGAGGUGGUUUGCAGACAGAUAAACUGUGGGUCGGCACUGGAAGUUCCUCAAUCAGCUCACUUUGGUGCAGGAACUGGACAGAUUUGGCUCGGUGAUGUGAGCUGUUCAGGAAAUGAAAGUUCUCUAACUGAGUGUCAGCACAGUGCAUUUGGACCAAACAGAUGUGAACAUGGUCAGGAUGCUGCUGUCAUCUGUUCAGCUGGUUCUGGAUCGAGCCGAUGUUCUGGCAGAGUUGAAAUCUUUCACAAUAACGUCUGGGGAACUGUCUCUGAUUACAACUGGGACCUAAAUGAUGCUGAGGUGGUUUGCAGACAGUUAAACUGUGGGUCUGCACUACAAGCUCCUCGAACAGCUUACUUUGGUGCAGGAACUGGACAGAUUUGGCUCAGUGGUGUGAGCUGUUCAGGAAAUGAAAGUUCUCUAACUGAAUGUCAACACUCUGGAUGGGGAAACUACUACUACUACUACUACAAUAGACAUUAUUAUGAUGCUGGUGUCAUCUGUUCAGGAAAUGAAAGUUCUCUAACUGAGUGUCAACACAGUGAAUUUGGAUCAAACAGAUGUGAACAUGGUCAGGAUGCUGCUGUCAUCUGUUCAGGUAUUUCUCCAAGUCCAACAAACCCUCCUGAGCCAGUGAAGUUUAUUAUAGACUUGAACUUGCUCUUCCCAAGAUCCAGUCUACCCCCAAAUUUCAUUGAUCUAUUCAGAGGCUAUGUGAGAAAUGUGUCCUUCCCCCAAACCAUCACUGAGUCUUUAAUACUAGAAGACUUGAACUUCACCACAUGGUGCUAUCCAAACUCCACUGGAGGACUGCAGUGUCAAUGUGAGGACCAGUUUGCCUGGUCAUGUGACAAAUGUGGCCUAUACGGUGCAUGCAGUAAUGUCACCUCCCAAACCUGUGAAUGCAUCAAAGGGCUUCCUCCUGGUGGAGAGUUCUGUGAACCAAUCACAAGUAUCUCUCCAUGUCCAACAACAACUCCUGCACCAAUGGACUUUGAUAUAGUCCUUGAAUUACACAUCCCAACAUCCAGUGUGGCCCCAGAUUUCAGUGAUGUACUCAGACACAUUGUGAGAAAUGUCUCCCUAAACCAAAUCAUCACUGAGUCUUUAACACUGAAAAACCUGACCUUCACCACAUGGUGCUAUCCAAACUCCACUGGAGGGCAGCAGUGUCAGUGUGAGGACCAGUUUGCUUGGUCAUGUGACAAGUGUGAAGUAUACGGUGCCUGUAGUGAUGUCAUCUCCCCAAUAUGUGGGUGCAUAAAAGGACUUCCUUCUACUGGAGAGUUCUGUGAACCAAUCACAGAUGUUUCUUCAUGUCCAACAACAACUCCUGUCAUAACACCAUCAACAACAUUAACUACAGCAACAACCGAGCCAGUGGAGUUUAAUAUAGACUUGAACUUGCUCUUCCCAAUAUCCAGUCUGCCCCCAAAUUUCAUUGAUCUAUUCAGAGGCUAUGUGAGAAAUGUGUCCUUUCCCCAAAACAUCACUGGGUCUUUAAUAAUAGAAGACUUGAACUUCACCACAUGGUGCUAUCCAAACUCCACUGGAGGACAGCAGUGUCAAUGUGAGGACCAGUUUGCCUGGUCAUGUGAGAAGUGUGGCCGAUACGGUGCAUGCAGUAAUGUCACCUCCCAAACCUGUGAAUGCAUCAAAGGGCUUCCUCCUGGUGGAGAGUUCUGUGAACCAAUUGCAAAUAUUUCUCCAUGUCCAACAACAACUCCAGCCAUAACACCAUCAACACCAGAAACUACAGCAACAAACGUCACAACACCAGUAAUAACAAUGCCUACUACAACAUAUGAGCCAGUGGAGUUUAAUAUAGACUUGAACUUGCUCUUCCCAAUAUCCAGUCUGCCCCCAAAUUUCAUUGAUCUAUUCAGAGGCUAUGUGAGAAAUGUGUCCUUUCCCCAAAACAUCACUGGGUCUUUAAUAAUAGAAGACUUGAACUUCACCACAUGGUGCUAUCCAAACUCCACUGGAGGACUGCAGUGUCAAUGUGAGGACCAGUUUGCCUGGUCAUGUGAGAAGUGUGGCCGAUACGGUGCAUGCAAUAAUGUCACCUCUCACACCUGUGAAUGCAUCAAAGGGCUUCCUCCUGGUGGAGAGUUCUGUGAACCAAUCGCAAAUAUUUCUCCAUGUCCAACAACAACUCCAGCCAUAACACCAUCAACACCAGAAACUACAGCAACAAACGGUAUGGUGUUUGAAAUGUAA